GCGCGUGGCGGGGCCGCGCGGUUUCCGUUUCCGGCGCGCCUCGCUCUGGUCCCUGCGGCGGCGGCCGAGCCUUGUGCCUCCGCCAUAUUGUCUGUGUGCGGCGGCGGCGGCGGCGGCAGUGGCCGCGCCAGGUGGAGGAAUCUGAGGCCUUUCUCCUCUGUCAGCGCUGCAGACCAGGGCGCCUCUGAUUUCACAUCUCGCUUCCGCCUGCCAAGCUGUCUGAUAUGUCGGGACCCGUGCCGAGCAGGGCCAGAGUUUACACGGAUGUAAACACACACAGACCCCGGGAGUACUGGGACUAUGAGUCUCACGUUGUUGAGUGGGGAAAUCAAGAUGACUACCAGCUAGUUCGAAAAUUAGGCCGAGGCAAAUACAGUGAAGUAUUUGAAGCCAUCAACAUUACAAAUAAUGAAAAAGUAGUUGUUAAAAUUCUCAAGCCUGUUAAAAAGAAGAAAAUCAAGCGUGAAAUCAAGAUCUUAGAGAACUUGCGAGGCGGUCCCAAUAUAAUCACCCUUGCAGAUAUAGUAAAAGAUCCUGUGUCUCGAACACCCGCUCUGGUUUUUGAACAUGUAAACAACACAGACUUUAAGCAAUUAUACCAGACAUUAACAGAUUAUGAUAUUCGAUUCUACAUGUAUGAGAUUUUGAAGGCUCUAGAUUACUGCCAUAGCAUGGGAAUCAUGCACAGAGAUGUCAAACCUCACAAUGUCAUGAUUGACCAUGAGCACAGAAAGCUUAGACUAAUAGACUGGGGUUUGGCUGAAUUCUAUCACCCCGGCCAAGAGUACAAUGUCAGAGUGGCUUCCAGAUAUUUCAAAGGACCUGAACUUCUUGUAGAUUAUCAGAUGUAUGAUUACAGUCUGGAUAUGUGGAGCUUGGGUUGCAUGUUGGCUAGUAUGAUAUUCCGAAAGGAGCCAUUUUUCCAUGGCCAUGACAACUAUGAUCAGCUGGUGAGGAUAGCCAAGGUUCUGGGGACAGAAGAUCUGUAUGACUACAUUGACAAAUACAACAUUGAGCUGGAUCCACGUUUCAAUGACAUUUUGGGCAGACACUCCCGUAAGCGAUGGGAGCGCUUUGUCCACAGUGAGAACCAACAUCUGGUGAGUCCAGAAGCUCUGGAUUUCUUAGACAAGCUGCUGCGAUAUGAUCACCAGUCACGACUCACAGCGAGAGAAGCCAUGGAACACCCCUACUUCUACCCCAUUGUGAAAGACCAGGCUCGGAUGGGCUCGUCCAACAUGGCGGGUGGCAGCACUCCUGUCAGCAGUGCGAGCAUGAUGUCAGGGAUUUCUUCAGUGCCAACACCUUCACCCCUUGGACCUCUAGCAGGCUCACCCGUCAUCUCUGCCACCACCACCCUGGGGAUGCCGGUUCCAGCUGCUGCGGGCGCCCAGCAGUAGUGACGGGCUCUGUCUCCUGCUGCCUGAGCUGAGUCAGGUGGGGAAGAGGUUUCCCCCUCCACCUCUCCUCAGGACGCAGCUCAUGCCUGGCAGGGGAAGGGAGGGGAUGAACGCUUUGGAGACACCGUGUCUGAACUGUUGCUUGUGGAUUUAUAGUAGUUCAGUCAUUAUAUACAAAAUUAUUAUAGGCUGAUUUUUCUUUUUUUACUUGAACUUUUCGUAACUCAGGGGAUUCCCUGAAAAUACCUACAGAUGGAAUACUUCUUGGACAGUUUUUCUUUCCCCCCCCACCCCUCCCCCCCCUCCAAAAAAAAAAAAAAUCAAAACAACUCUUCAUGUAAUAACAAAGAUGAAUCAACAGCAUUUCCAAGCUCUUGCAUCCUGCUGGAAAUCUCUUCUCUUCAUGUUCCCAUCAUUAUUCCUCCACAAGCCUUGGGGGAUUGUGCUGUUCUCCAGAGACUACCAAACCAAGUCUUCAUGAGGCAGGGGAGGGGAUUCUUAAAGUACCACUCACUAGAACCCCAUGUCCUGCAUAUGUCCCAGCCAGGGUACACUGAGGAGACAAUUCCAGUAGGGAGAGGUGGGAUAAGCUUAAAAGGAGUAAGUGCAGAUAGUGUCCAAAACUAAUUGGAUUGGAUGUCUCCUUAGGAGUCAACCAGAAUGCUAACUCACCCCUUGCAUGUAAUUUUAGUCUUAAAAAUGAAGUUACUGAUCAAGUUGGAGUCCUUGGCACCUCCUGAGACAGGUGCUUCUAGAGUAAGCCCUGCUCUGAUCAGCCCCUUUCUCGUGGAGGGUUCUUCCAGCCAUUGCUUGGCUUGGAUCUCUGGAAUUAAUUUGUUAUUGGGUAUAUUGUUUUUAAAUUGUUUCUAUAGGUUUCGAGCUGGUGGCUACUUAAAGCUGGAAAAAUCAGACUGCGCCAAGUCCGAUCCCACAUCUUCACCCACCAUCCCCUCCCUCACGUGCCAUGUGGUGAGAAUACCAGUUACCUCACAGUCUUGUAAAUAUGCACUGAGAGGAAGGAGCCAGGAGACGUUAACUUAAACUGAAAUGGUAGAUCAGUAAUUGUGGACAAAUAUUAUCAUUGACAACGGAAAAGCACCCUUGUUACAGCCCUGCUACCCCUUGCUGUGUAUAUAUACUUUGUCCUUCAUAUGUGAAAGAUCCAGUGUUGGAAUUCUUUGGUGUAAAUAAACAUUUGGUUUUAUUUAUCGA